AUGCUGUUUGAAGACUUUCAGAAGAAAAACAAGCCCAGCGAUGCUGAGGUCAAAGCUGAAUAUAACCGCGUUGUGGCGCAAAUGGGUGCAGGCAGUGGCGGCAAAGAAUAUAAGUCGCGCCACAUUCUGGUAGAAACAGAAGAUCAGGCCAAAGCCUUAAUCGUGCAAAUCAAUAAAGGUGCCAAAUUUGCCGACGUGGCCAAGAAAAACUCUAAAGACCCUGGCUCAGGCGCAAAUGGCGGCGAUCUGGGUUGGGCCGAUCCUGCGGGUUUUGUGCCUGAGUUUGGCAACUCGCUCAAAUCCCUGAAAAAAGGCCAGAUGACACAAACACCAGUUAAGUCGCAGUUCGGCUACCACAUCAUCUUGCUGGAAGACUCUCGCGACCUCAAGCGUCCACCACCACCUAAACUGGAAGAGGUCAAGGAGCAAGUUUCGCAAAAAAUCCUGCAAGACAAGAGCGAAGCCUGGCGCAAAAACAUACGCGACAAAGCGACUAUUAAAUAG